CUCCGCUUCCGCAAGUUUCCUCCCAGGCGGUCCAAGGAGGCCUUUCUUCGCCGGUGGUGGUGUCGGUUUUCCUCACCACCUGUGACAGCUCCUCUCAGACGCCCGCGGAUUGGCGCCUGCGCGGACUGCGGGCGUCCGUCACCAUGGCAACGACCGCUGGGGGCCCUGGAUCUUGGAGUGAAAAUAUACUGCAGUAUUUUCUGAGAAAUAACCAGAUCACUACAGAAGACGGUGCCCAGAUCACUUGGUAUCAUGCAGCCAACCACAAGGCACAGCUGAAGGAGGCGCUGAAAAGUACUGCUCACAUGAUAGAGGCUGAUGUCCUCCUUGCAAGUAAUGGGUCAGACCAUGGCCAGCCAAUCAUGGCCCAUCCUCCUGAAUCAAGCAGUGAUAAUACUCUACAGGAGUGGCUGACUGAAGUUGUGAAAAGCAAUAAAGGUAUCAAGCUGGAUUUCAAGAGUCUGGCAGCUGUAGAACCGUCCAUGGUGCUCUUGGAAAAUGUGAAGAGGCAUCUGAGGCGUCCUAUGUGGAUUAAUGCUGAUAUUCUUCCCGGUCCGAAUGGGAAUAGCAGAGUAGUGGAUGCAAAACCUUUUAUAGACACUGUGACAUCCUUCUUUCCAGACGUGACAUUUUCCCUGGGUUGGACAACAGGAUGGCAUCCUGAGAAAGUCAAUGAAGGCUACACUUGGACAAUGGUGAAGGAGAUGGAAUGCAUCUGUAGUGAACUCAAUCAGCCUGUAACAUUUCCUGUCAGAGCAGCAUUAGUCAGGCAGUCUUGUUCUCAGUUACUCUGGCUGUUACAGAAAUCAAACAGAUUGUCUGGCUGCAGAAUUCUUGGCUCACAGCGCUUUUCCUUGAGGACUUUGAAAGGAUUGCUCCUUUGCUUUCCAGUGUGCAGGGAAUAAGGCUAUUUCCACCUUGAUGUGGAAAAGUGGAAGCCAGCCUGAUUAUUUUUUUGCCCUUAUAAGUGACUUGAUUUGGUGGGGAAGUAUGGGAGGCUGAACGUAGAAAGGGCUCUUUAGACUGUGUAUUGAUACGGACCAUUCUGUACCAGUUUUUUCAGGAUAUGAUUUCCUUUUCAAUAUGUAGAUUCAAAUGUUCUUUUCUGUAAUAUUUCUGUGAAUUACAUUUUUAUAUACUUGUUCUAUUGCAUUUGUAACAUUAUGAUUUCUCUUUUAGGGACUCUAGUUAUGAAUAUUUAGAUCUCCUUUGCUUAUCUUUGUCAUCAUUUUCUCUUUGGUCUCUCUUUUCAUUUAACUUAUUUGCAUUUUUAUUUUACUUGCUUUUGUAAUUUGUCUCUCUUUUCCUUACAGUAUUUUCAACAAUGUCUGUUCUCCUCGUAUACCUUCAGAUUUCACCUUGUUUCUGUAAUAUUAAUUUUCCACUUCUUUCCUAAGUUCUGCCAAUUAAUAUUCCAUCUCUUGUCUGUUGUCUUGUAAACCUCUUCCAUGUGGUCAUAUCUGUACUUUAUGUUCUUUCUUCAAAGAGGCAAUUGCACCAUUUAAAAAAUAUUUGGUUGUGGUUUUCAUCUGCUUUGUGGCAUUCUUUUUGUUUGUUUGUUUUAUAUCUGUGUCAACUAUUUGGUAAUUGUUUAAAGAUGAGGUUUCUAUUACUCCAUCUGCCAUUUUUUUCUUGUAUUUUUUUAUUCUCUUGUAUUAGAUUUCUGCCAAAUUUAUUUUGAUUACUCUGUUUUAAAUAAAGUGACUUUUCCCUGGACCAGCAACUUAUUUGAAGUUCACAUUCUAGGGGAACCAGGACUGUGGUUCUUAUGACCCAGACAGUCUUAUGUGUGAGUUUGUUUAACCUUUAACUUCUUUCUAGCCAGUGAAGAUAGGCAGCUGUGACAUCUUUAAAUAAAAUCUUUCAUCUGUCUCUUAAAUAUAAAGUUUUGGAUUGCUGCAGGGAGUAGUCUUAUUCCCUUCCUGUGUAAACUCUUUCCUUAUCUCCACUGCUUCAUGGGACCAAAUGUAAUCCAGGGAAGGUCCCACUUGGAGCCCUGCAGAGUAUUUAGGUGGAAUAUGCCCCUCAUCUGUAAGUGUCUUUUGUGGGCUUCCUCUGUAAACUGUGUACAUGGGCAAACUCCGCCUCCUUCUAUACCCACCUGGCCAUCCGUAGUCUAUUGCUACUGGCGACAUUUUACCUGUUUUGUGAUUUUCAAUCUCAACUCUUUCUUAAUUUCAUUGAAUAUCAUGUUUCUAUUUUAAUUCUUUUGUUCUUUUUGCUGCUUUGGGAUGAUUCUCAGAAGACAAAGGAGGCAGCGCUGAUGUUAGCCUGCCAUGUUCAAAUAGGAUGUUCCCACCGUCCCCUUUCUCUAUAUUCUGUCUCAGUUUUCUUAUCUUCCAUUUCUUAUGUAGCCAGUCACUCUCUGAAAUUUCUCAUUUGAAGAUCACACUUGGUGCAAGCCAAAUGUUUAACCUCUGCAACAUUUAUUUAAGUACUGCGGUCAUCCCCUUCAUGUGACACUUCCUUGUCUUUUCCCUCUGUGGAAUUGCACUAAGUGGGUUCUUUUAGUCUCUCCCUGGUUCUUCUUCUUUGUUGUUGUUGUUGUUGUUGAUUUGUUUUCCUCUAUUCUUAACUUUGGGUUUCUCUUAACUCCACCUCUUUCAAAAUUUUUUUUAAUAUGAAAAGUAAAACAACAAAGCUUUCAUGGAAUAUAUCACUAGAGAAUAUCUUCAUAACAUUGGGGAUGGGAAAGAAUUCUUAACAAGAUACAAAAAUCACUAGCCAUAAAGGGUAGCUUGAAUAAUUUGAAUACAUUACAAUUCAGAAAUUCUUUGCAUCAGAACAAAGAUACCAUGAAGAGCAUGAACAGGUUAGGCACAGAUUCAGGAAGAUUUCUGUAAGUCUGAAGGGCUCUAAUACGACAUUUAUAAAGAACUAUCAUUUUGUUAUUUGUAUAUAACAAUUUAUUUAUUUCUUCUAAUAUUGAAUGACCCAUGGUUUGACUGUUACAGAGAGUGCUGCUAGGAACACUCACACACACACACACACACACACACACUUGCGCCUGCGUUUGGAAAGGUCCUACAGGAGGGAGUUCUAGGAACAGAAUUCCUACGUCAUAGGGUAUUGAUGUUUUCAGCUUUAGUAGAUAAUGCUAAACUGUUUGCCAAAGAAAGUGAAUAAAUUAUAGCUACAUGUUUCAACUUGGAUAAAUUUCACAAACAAUAUUCAACAAAAGAAGCAAGAC